AUGGAUCCCGGGCGUGUUAUACCUUCAGGGCCGAACGCUUUUCAAAUCAUGAAUCAUCGCAGACUGCCUGAUGGUAUUCGAAUGAUGCUAGAAGGCUUUGUCAUAGCUAGCUAUCAAGGGAGUCUUACAAAUAUGCGCGAAUUUCUCAUCCCUAUCCUGGAGUUUCCACAUACAAGUAUAACUAUCGAAGAAACAUCGAAGUACUUCAGCGAAGCGUUUAUGCAUGCAAUUGAACGAUAUAACUUUCACAUUUCCGAAUUCCUAUUCGAUCAAGGGCCGUUCAAACCGCGGAUAACACCGGAUCAUAUCAUUGCAGCCAUGAGAAGCAGAUCGUUUGACAUUCUCAAGUUGAUUCGGAGACAUGGGUGGGACAUGAAUGCAUCUUUAGACUUUGGCUUUGUAACUUCUCCGCCGAUCAGUCUUGCACUGGGAGACGAGAUGCUUUUCAGGUGGCUCUUAUACAGCGGCGCUUCGAUAAACAACAGAGUGCAAGAAGAUAUCGACUACACGCCAUUAUCUGCAGUUGUGCACUGGGCAGUGCCGAGCAUGGUACACGUAUGUUUCGAGAGAGGCUACGCUGAUAUCCGCAAGGGCCAUUUAUUGCACAAUGUUAUGUAUCGCGGGCUGUAUGGGUCAGUGGAAGGGAUCCCAGAACUUGCGCAACUCGCACUACCCCAUACCUUUUUACGGACCGAGAGCGACUGCUUGCAUCUCAUAGAUUAUCUGCUUGCAUGGGGAGCCAAUAUCAACUAUAGGCUUGACGAGACAACUUCCAGUAUGCACGCAAGUCUUGAGGGCGCCAGUCAUGCAACGCCACUCUACCUUGCGGCCUGCCUAGGCAAUAUCGCUGCAGUAAGACAUUUGCUUGAACGCGGCGCAGAUCCUGAUAUCAAGAGUUUGAAUGGUACUCAUGCCUCUGACGCUGCCAAGGCAUUGGGAUAUGCAAAAAUAGCGGAGCUAUUAAGUACUUCGACGCCAGAGCUUGUCCAUAGUUUGAGUACGAUCGAUGAUGAAGGUGCCAGUUCAACAGCUCCCGAAGGAAAUGGUGGAAACUCAAGCUCUCAGCCAGAAGGCAAUUCUGGUCCCCAGCAGGAACACGAGCCUUAUGUUGAAAUUCGGGAAGAAGGAGAUGAUAAUUAUGACGAUGAUGAUAAUGAUGAUGAUUGA